GUAUGCAGUAUGCACUACUCUCUCCCAAACAUUUGACCUCCAUCGCGUUCGCUCUCUGCAAUGAGGGAAGGCAAGGGUGAUCCGGCGAUCGCCGUCAUCGUCGCGGCGCUCUGCGUGGCAUCGGCGGUACUCCUUGUCGACGGAGCCCAGGGAGAAGAGCUUGCGACGCAGCUGCUGAACGGCUUCGCCGCGACGCACGCGGCGGGCGCGUCUGCCCUGUUCGAGCCGGUGCUGUGCACGCCCAACGGCGUCUUCGCGUUCGGCUUCCUCCGCGUCGGCUCGGCGUCGCUCGACCUCGCCGUGGUCCACCUCCCGUCCUCCUUCCCGCUCUGGCGCGCCACGCCGGCCCGCCUCGGGGAUUGGUCGCGCCCGGCCACGCUCACCUUCGACAGCAGCCUGAUGCUCACCGACCCGGACCACGGCGUGCUGUGGCAGACUCUGAACACCAACGGCGACACCGUUGUGCUGCUCAACUCCUCCAACCUCGUCGUCCGGCGCUACGCGAAGCCCAUGCCGGCGUGGCAGAGCUUCGACAACCCGUCCGACACGCUCGUCCUCGACCAGAACUUCACCGUCUCGUCGCCGCCGCUCAUCUCCAAGAACCGACGGUUCGCGCUGCGGCUCGGCAAGACGUUCAUGGCUCUGCACAUGGAGUUCUACGGCGGCCGAGCGACCUUGCCAACAACGCCGAUGUACUGGCAGCACACGGCUCUCAAGGCGCAGCCGGAGAACGCCACGCAGCCGCCGGUGUACGGACGCCUCGACGACCGCGGGUUCUUCGGAUUGUACCUCGAGGGCAGCGGCCAGAGGGUCGACGUGCUCUCAUUCGACACGUUCGCGCAGAACAUCACCGGCGUCUUCCAGCGUUUGACGCUGGACGACGACGGCAACCUCCGGGCGUACUACUGGACAGACGGCUCGAAGGCAUGGACCUCCGAUUACAAGGCCAUCUCCGAGCAAUGCGAGCUGCCAAUCACGUGCGGCGCGUACGGUCUGUGCAUUCCGGGGGAGCCCCAGUGCCAGUGCCUCACCAACAGCAAGAGCACCUCCCCGCCGUGCCACGCCGAGGAGACCACCGACCUCUGCUCCGCCAACGGCGGCUGGCAGCAGCUGGACUUCGACGUGGUGCGGCGGAAGCGGGUGUCCGUGGCGUACAAGGAAGAGCUUCCGUUCGAGACGAACAAGACGGCGGCGGAGUGCGAGCUGGCGUGCGCGGCCAACUGCAGCUGCUGGGGCGCGUUGUACAACGGCGCGAGCGGGUACUGCUACCUCAUCGACUUCCCCGUGGAGACGCUGGUGUACGAGGCCGACGACCGGAAGGUGGGCUAUUUCAAGGCCAGGAAGCGGCCGAGUCCGGCGCGGCCGGGCAUGUCGCCGGGCGUGACCGCCGCGACGGCAGUGCUGUCGCUGGUCCUGGCGAGCCUGGCUGCGGCCGGAGUGUACAUCGGGGACAGGGUGUGGGAGAGGAAGAGGCGGCGACGUGCGGGGAUGGAGCAGGAGCUGGCGCCGGGGCCAUACAAGGACCUCAAGUCCAUGGGCAGCUCGAACAAAUCGUUCAGGGCAUGAAUCGCAGGACGAGUAGGGCUACGGGAAAACAGUCCGAUCAGCGCUCCGCCGCCUACUGAAUUGCAGAGGAUGGAGAAGAGAAUGCGAUGCAAGUAGCUCUGCUGCUCCUUGCAGAGCUUGCCGGAGAGAAUGGCUGCAGAUACAGGGAGUGGUCAGGGUUGCUAAGCUUGCGCACGCUAUAGUUUUCACCUGCCUUAAUAAACAUUUUUGCUUAGGCUUUGCGAUUGAUGUAUAGAGUUUUCUCACCUUUUCUGUAUGUCAGCAUACGUGUACCUGUGCAAGUACCGAUGACCGAUCGCCGAUCGGUAAAGAAAUACAGUAUUCCUAUCAUUGUUU